UGGGAGGAGAAAGAAAGCGCGCAGGUAAAAGCGAUGUGCGCGACGCGUGACACGCGAAAUGAUAUGAUAGAGUAUCCCGUCGUUCGUUCGAUUACCCCGUGAAUAAUAUUCAUUGAUUAUUUUUGACGAGAAGCAACCAAUACUCGCUAACUCGCUGUUAUUUUGUUUGUCACGAAUCGCGGUUCGAUCAUUGAGGUUAGGUAGUUAGUGCUAGAUUGUCGUUAAACGAAAUAGGGAUAGGGAGAACGAGUACGAGGUGUGUGUGUUGUGUGCGUGCGUGCGUGCUGCAUGCGCGCGUGUGUGUAUGGUUUCUGAGUGUAUGAGAGAGCGAGAGAAGGGAAAAGGUCGUCGGUGGCGCUGCGGAGCUCGGAUGCACGAGAAUAAUUAAAAUCAAUGUGACGUCGGUGCAGUGUUUGUCGGGUUGCGUCCUGCGUGCGUCGGUUUUUUUCAUUUAAAAGUUUCAUUUAAAGGAGCGACGUUGAGAGAGGGAUGUCGAACGGAUUGAUGCUGCCAAAUGACAAUCACGAUACGUGCCAGACGAGUAAGGACACACAGAAUAACGUUCCUCGUCUACGUAUCAGUCUACGAUAUUUCUGUCCGUCUUUUCUCAUGAUGCGAUCCUAUGCAGCUAGCACCACCUCGAUGGUCGCCGCUAAUGCCGCUGCAUCCGUGGAGGGGUUGCAGGGGGAACACUCUACUGGGAUGGACCAGCAGAUCGUUACUAGGCCUAGAUUGAAGAGACCUGCUGAGUCUGAUCUGGAAGGUGUAUCUAUACCAAAGAAGCGUCACAAAAAUCCACAACCAAAGAAUGCGGUAUGCGCUUUAAACGAAUUGAAAACUGGAGCAGUAUACAAGGUGGUUGGUCAAACUGGACCUACCCAUGCUCCUAUAUUUACCAUCGCAGUACAGAUAGAUGGACAAACUUAUGAGGGCAAAGGACGUACCAAGAAGAUGGCUAAACAUGCUGCCGCUGAACUUGCUUUAAGAAAUAUAGUGCAGUUCCGUAAUACACCAGAAGUACACCAAGCUAUUAAUACGUGCCAGCCUGUUGUUCCCCUGGAACCUGAUUUUACCAGCGAUGUCACAGAGAGAGAUAAUCAUCUUGUAAAUGCGUUCAAGACAUUGACUCAAGAGCCAAAAAAUACCAACAAAUUUUUAGACAAAGGUCCCGUUGCACUCAUCAACGAGCUAUAUCCUGGAGUUGUAUACAAAUGUAUAUCGGACAAUGGAGAAAGUUAUGCAAAAUUUACAAUAUCUGUAACGAUAGAUGGAGAAACUUUUGAAGGCACUGGCCCGAGUAAAAAGUUGGCCAAAGCUGCAGCUAGCAAAGCAGCUUUGGCAAAAUUAAGGAAUGUCCACAGUUCUUCUUUUUGCAUUCAGCUCCCCGUUCGUGUAUUACCUAACUAUUCAAAUUCUGGCCACUGGCAAGAACAAAUGACUCUACCACAAAUCUUGGCAGAUAAAAUAGGAAAAAUGGUAAAUCAAAAAUUCACUGAACUUAUACAGAGUAAGCCACAACAUGCUCGACGCAAAGUAUUAGCUGGCAUAGUGCAAACAAACGGAUCGGAUGCCGAAUUAAUAUGCGUCACUACUGGUACGAAAUGUGUAUCCGGGGAUCAUUUAAGUGUAAGCGGUAGGGCUUUAAAUGACUGCCACGCAGAAGUGGUAGCUCGACGUUGUCUCUGCGAAUAUUUGUACAAACAGUUGGAGUUGCAUACCGAAAACCGAUCAGCCGAGUCUGUCUUGGAACGCAUAAAGAAGGGAUUUAGGUUGAAACAAGGAAUUCAGUUUCAUUUAUACAUAAAUACGGCUCCGUGCGGAGAUGCUAGAAUAUUUUCUCCUCACGAAGAAAACGAAUCCGUGGACAAACAUCCUAACAGAAGGGCCAGAGGUCAAUUAAGAACUAAGAUAGAAUCGGGAGAAGGUACGAUACCUGUAAAGAGUAGCGAAGGAAUUCAAACUUGGGAUGGUGUUCUUAUGGGACAAAGACUGCUGACGAUGUCGUGUUCAGACAAAAUAGCUCGAUGGAACGUACUUGGUGUGCAAGGUGCACUUCUAAGCCACUUCAUCGAGCCAAUUUACUUCCACAGCAUCGUUCUCGGCAGUCUGUUGAACCCUAGUCACAUGUAUCGAGCUGUUUGCGGCCGUAUUGAAAAUACUAUUCAAGGUCUACCACCACCUUACAGGCUCAACAAACCAUUGAUGAGUCUAAUAACUUCGUCCGAAGUUAGGCAACCAGGCAAGGCACCGAAUUACAGCGUUAAUUGGACUAUCGGUCAAAGCGAAGCAGAAGUAAUUAACUGUACCACAGGAAAGGACGAAUUGGGUAAACCCUCUAGAAUUUCAAAGCAGGGGCUCUUUAGGAAAUUCUUCAGCCUAUUAGGUAAAUUGGAGACAAUUGACGAUGCCGAUCAAAAUCAAUGUCGUCAUUAUCUCGAUGCGAAAUCGUCGGUUCAAGAUUACUCUCUUGCCAAACGUCAAUUGAAGGACGCGUUUGUACGCGCUCAACUUGGCAGUUGGGUUAAAAAACCACUUGAACAAGAUAUGUUUGAGGUGGAUAUCUGACUAAAUCGGUGUAUCGAUGCAAACCUAAGGAAUAGGGUAAAUUCUCAGUUAGCGGAGUAUGUAGUUCCUAGUGUAAAAUAGAUCACUCGUUCGGCGUGUCAUGCUAUGGCAGAAUUUGGCAUCAGUAAAGCAUAAAUCGUAGGAUGUUGAAAGCAAGAUAAUAUUUUGACUUUGUCACUGCACGAUCCAACGAGUAGUAAUAAACGUGUUCGCGUUAAAAGUGUACAAUGAAAAUCGAUUGUUUUCGAUUGAGAUUAAAAACAGCAUAGUCAAAUCUCGAUACUCUUCGAAUUUUUUGAUCUUUAAUACUAGUCACACGUCAAUUUUUGACAGUUUCUAUAGACUGGUAGAUAGAUAAGAGCGAAAUGUUUCGUUUCGUAAACGUUAAUAGAGUUAAUCGACCGAAAGGAUGCAAAAGUAUUUUAAAAAGGUUUUAAUUUUAUGUUACAACGGCAUGUCGUAAGAGAGAAAUUUGUGGAUAUUUCACGAUGAAACGAGUCAGCACAUAUCCAUUAUUCUUCGAGGUCCUAUUGUUAAACUUUGUUAUCGUUCUCUUAUAAUUAACUUAAAUUUUUUUAGAUGAAAGAGAAAUUCGACGGAAGACCCUUUACCUCCUCCCUUCUCUUUCCUCCCUUGUUAAUUCCCAACAUUUGCUACCUGUCCAUUUUUAUCGAGGUCUACCUUUAUGCUUCGUGGUUGGUAAUCUUUCGAUCGACGAAACUUUUCACCUUGAAUAUUUCAUUUUCUAUUUUUCAAUAUUAAAAGAAAAUAAAAGAAGUUAUCAAGGUAACGUGAAUAAUUCUUUUUAACAUAAACCACGAAGGCGUAAUUUGAAAUUUCAAUAGCACGAGUAAUGUACGUGACACCGCAAAUGCUAAUUUUACGAAUCUAUUGUGCCGACUAUGUAUGUGUAUCCGGGUCACGUGUUCCAAGAAGCUACGUUAUAUCUGCAUUCAUAUGCAUUCUAUGUACACGCCUGUAGUAGACAAAGAGAAAAAAGGAGAACAUUUUUAAAUGGUUUUCUUUUUUCUUUCUCUUUAACUUAUAUUUUAAACUCUUGUCCCUGCUUUCUCCAAUGAUAAUUGAGCGAUAUUUCAAACGACUUUUAGCAAUGUCAUCGCUUUUCUCAACUAGUCCUACUUGCUCGUUUAACGUGUAAUGAUUUUUUGAAUUUUUUUUUGAAAAAAACAAAAAACCAUAUAAAAUAGAAACGUUGGGAGUAUUCGCAACAAGCUAUACCACUGGCAAAACGAGAACCUCGUCCCUCUUUCUCCCUCUACCUCUUUUAAAAAAUCCAAGCAAUCGUUAGAAUUAAUAUUUAGACUCCGCGGUAAUUUUACCUCGGGUCUCUCG